UACAAAGCACAAGGGUAGUUUCGGAAGUAUGAACAAAAAUCGUCUUGCUUUUAUGGGAACAGAACACUACAAGCUCCCCCAGAAAAUAGUCUCUGUUCACAUUGUGCUGUGUGGAGUUGUGGAAAAUAUGGAUCCGGAUGCCUUCUCUGCGAACUUGUUCAAGUGGGGCCUACGAGGCAUGGUUGUGCCGACGAACCGGGUUCAGCUGGAAGCAGCAGUGCCACCAGCGGCGGCAGCUGCUGCUGCGGCGGCUGGUUGUACUUUGCGGCCUCCAGGUGAGCUUGGACUUGGAGGGCUUGAGGAUUUGUUCCAGGCAUAUGGGGUCAGAUACUACACGGCGGCAAAGAUAGCGGAGCUUGGGUUUACAGUGAAGACCCUCUUGGACAUGAAAGAUGAUGAGCUUGAUGACAUGAUGAGCAGCCUCUCUCAGAUAUUCCGCUGGGAGUUGCUUGUUGGGGAGAGGUAUGGUAUCAAAGCUGCCGUCAGAGCCGAGCGUCGCCGCCUUGAUGAGGAGGAUUCUCGGCGGCGCAACCCUGUCUCUGGUGAUACCACUACCAAUGCCCUUGAUGCUCUCUCCCAAGAAGGGCUGUCGGAGGAGCCGGUGCAACAAGAGAAGGAGAUGGUGGGGAGCGGAGGAGGGGCGACGUGGGAGGUUGCGACGGCAGGAGAGAGGCGGAAGAAGCAGCGGAGGAUGAAGAAGGGGCAAUUUAAAAAUUGUAGCGCUGGAGGGCGUCAUAAUAACGAGGGUGUGGACGACGAGGACGACAACGACAUGGACGACAUGACUGGGUAUGGGAACGGUGGAGGAGGGGGAAUGCUGGGAGAGAGACAGAGGGAGCACCCGUUCAUUGUGACGGAGCCUGGGGAGGUGGCGCGUGGCAAAAAGAACGGCCUCGAUUACCUCUUCCAUCUCUACGAGCAAUGCCGCGAUUUCUUGAUCCAGGUCCAGAACAUUGCCAAGGAGCGCGGUGAAAAAUGUCCCACCAAGGUACGAAGUUUUACCCAUCUCCCUUUUACGUACGCUGAUUUCUACUGUAAAACUAACAGUAACUUCAUCGUGUUAGUCAUUGAUCUGUGGGCCCAUUUCCUGUAGUACAAUUAAAGGCUAGUAGGCCGUAUUAAAUUUCACCACAAAUCUAUAUCUUUUAAUUGAACUCAACAUAAAUAUUAAAUUGUCGCGUUCAUAGCAAUUUUAGUUCUAUAGUUUCUGUGUAGGCCUGGUUUCGUUCAUGUAUUGCAAGUAGCAUCGACAUUGGUCCCUACAAUUCGCAAAUUACUGUAAUUCAAUGGCACCGGUCAAAUUUUGUUGAAUUCUUGUAAGAAGUCUGUUAGUUUUACCCUUUUGUGUACCGUGCACAUAAUGAUUUUGUACAAGGUAUCAGCGGAAGUUGAGGUUGAGGGCUGUCCUCGAGUUGGAACAAUUUGCAAUCUACAUGGACUAAAUUAGAUGAAAUUAAACGCAGGUCUUUGUGAAAACUACAUGGAUUAAAAAUGUGUUUCGGGUAAAUAGCUCAAUAUUUAGUCCAAA